AUGUCCCCGGCUAUGUCCAUCCCUGCCACGCCCAACGUGUUGGCAGGAACGAGAUCGACGAGCCAGGACAACCUGGGCACCUCCGCACACACCUUACGGACCUUGCGUGCGGCGAGCUCGUUCGAGACCGCACCCACGUCACCUUCGCCUUAUGCAACAUCGACGGAAGCAAGUCCGCUGAUGUGGCGGUCCAACAUGACUGCUCCGCAUUCACAUCAUCGCUCAUCACAAUCCAAUGACGGCCUUGCCCCCGGUCUCCAGCUCUCAUUCGACGCUACUCGCAGCAGAACAACGACUGCACAGUCCUGGGAGGAGUACGAUGAGGAUGAGGUAGACGCAGAUCUGACGACGCCCAAUCGACGUUCCAGAACGGUCAUCGAGAUUGAACACUCGCCCGAAUCGACGAGCGCGCCCGCCUUGCCUAACAUCAGACAGAGACACAGAUCAGAGUACCCACUCGGCUUCUGGGGAUCAUGCCAGUAUCAACGAGAUAGCCGACCGCUGAUCUGGGCAGCCAUCAAAGCCGCCCUCAUCUUUGGCCUGGCGCUAGGCGGCUUGGUGGCAUUGCUCAGAGCGUCACUUCCUCCGCUCGAUCCCGAGGACGCGCCGAGAGUGAAGAUCCCGAAGAGCUUUGAUGAUCUCAAAGAUCUCAACGAAGUCCUCCAGAUCUACAAAGUCAGGAAUCACACAAGAGUGCUCAUCAGCUUCAUCUUUGUCUACUUGUUCCUCCAGACCUUCUCGCUGCCGGGCUCGAUGUACCUGUCCAUCCUGUCAGGGGCAAUGUACGGACUAUGGGCUUUGCCGCUCGUGUGUCUCUGCAUUUCGACUGGCGCCAGUCUCUGCUACCUCUUCUCAGCCGCCCUCGGCCCAGCGCUCUUGCUCACUUCGAAGAAGUGGCAAGACCGUGUCAUCCAGUGGCGCGACAUCAUCAAGAACCAGGGCAGCAACCUGAUCAGCUACCUCAUCGUCUUGCGCAUUGCACCUCUCCCGCCUCAUUCGGUCAUCAACGUCGUUCUGCCGCAUGUCGGCGUCGGUCUGCCGAUGUUUUGGAUCUCUACCUUUCUCGGCGUCAUGGGUGUUUCGUUCAUUCACGUCCAAAUCGGCACAACACUAGAGACCAUGACUUCACCCGCAGAUUUUCAUCUCAUUUCGUGGACCAACUUCUUCGGACUGGCAGGCAUCGUUGCCGCAGUGCUCGUCCCUGUCGUUCUCCGAAGACUGUGGCGCACCGAGCUAGAGGACGCAGCACAAGACCCAUCAGACCGUAUCGCAUUGCCCGACUCGCCAGAGAGCGCAAUCAGCAGUCUCCGACCGCGAGCAGCUCUGGAAGCGACUACUCGUGACAAAUCAAAGGAUGGCAACAAUCGACCCGUCCUCUUUGACGAGCCCGACAAAUCGCAUGACUCGUCAAAAGAGGAAAGCUCGGAGGACGAAGCGGAGGAAGAGAGCGAUGCCUUGCUGCCGCGCACGAGAUCGAGACCUUCAUAA